GGGAACGCUUCAGUGCAUGCCUCGCUUACUUCCACGUCUGCUCAAAAUCUUGCAAGAUGCCCCAGAGCCCAACACGUUGAGCAAUGGAUAUACACGCUACAAAAAGCGUGUUUCUAUGAAAAAUACUAUUCCAGGAACGCCCACUUUAACUUCAGAAGGCAGGACUCACUCAAUAUUGUUGGACGACGCGAACCCAAUCACCGAAGGUCAUCUUUAUAACAGACACAAGUCACUACCACCCAGGGUUCGUCUUGUGAAGCCACUGCAAGAUACCGGGGCGCAUGACCAUCCGCGGGAAAUGACGGACGAGGAACGCGAAUGGUGGUCUAGCCCUUACCUCAGAAUGCUUGCUUCGCCGUUGCGAGAAUGUCAGAUAACGCGUAAAAAGCUACCCUGUGACUUUCUCAUCCGUCUGGCACCUGUGCGCCUUCCAGCCUCUCAGGGAGUAUGCGAACAACAGAUACUAGUUCCAGAUGGUAUCGAGCACCCUAAGUUCAAGCCUCGUCGAUCCACGCCUGCGUGUUAUAUUGUAUGCUGGAAAGAUGCCGUUCCAUAUGCAACUUCUAGGACCAUAACUGAGCUCUUCUCAGUCCCACUGCGCAAAUUCUCGCAAAACUUGAUCGUGCAACCUUUGCUAUCAGCGCGCAUCGGUUACCAGCUCCGUUUACGAGUCCUGCAAGAACUCGAACUUCUUACUAAAAGGCUUGCCGCAGGCCCGUUGGACGAUCCCGCGGCGACAUUACCCCCAGUCAACCAGAACCCAGAAACAAAGGAGAAGCCACAGCCCUCCGCACAGAUGGAUAUCGCUGAUGUUGUGCAAAUCGAUACUAACAGCUCAGAAACCUCAUCGCGGCGUCUUCCCCCCCUCUCUCUUCUGCAUCCAGUCACGGAUGAUGAUCUAGAUUCUUCUCUUCUUCCAAAUGCGCAAGCUCCUCUCUACCACGGUCUGUCUUUAUUUCCUGCCCGACCACAGCGAGCAGCACUGCAUAAAGCACUCUGCAAGCUACUUGAGGUAGAGCGUAGAGCACGGUCGCGCGCACUUCCGGCCUCUGACUUUUCCGAAAAUGAAAAGUCACCACGAGCCCGUGGUGAUGCCAAGGGAAGCCACGCGUUCUUGCUAUGUUCGAAUCAGCACACUAUCAAACGGGCAGAUGUUGUGCCUUUAGCAAUAGCUCUCUGGAGAUUGCGGAUGUGGGAGGGGCAAGCUUACGGUUCCACUGUUGAGACGAGUCACUGGGAGGUCGAUGCAGGAUGGAGAUUAUCCUGGGCAGAGAAGAUGUACUGA